AUGUUCUAUGGUACAUUGGUAUGGGACCCUUGGCUCAUUGUUGUCCAAAUUGUGUGCCUUCAAUGUUUGUACUAUCUCACUCUUGGGUUCUUCUUGUCAAUUCUUGUUGGGACUCGCGUGUCCCGAAUGAGCCUCGUGUAUUUCUUUGACUUUGCUACUCUCACUGUCUCCACGGUCACUGGGUGGUGCGUCAUUGCUUCGUUUAUGCUCAGUGCACUUGCAGGCGCUGGAUAUCUGCUUCUUCUGAUUGAGAGGGCAAAGAAGUGCUUAGAUUUUCAGCCACUGUCUACAUUGUACAUCUCUUUAUAUGCAUUUCUUAUGGGGGUUGGCCUCCUCAAUAACAUGGUGGGUUGUGAAUGGUACUGGAAUUGCAGUGAUGGCUCUGCUGGAUGUUUGACUGACGAGAAACACGACAGGCAAGAACACGCAUUCUUGUGGGGUUUAGUGGCUAUUUUUUUCAUUGCUUUGGAGGAGCUUCUGGGUUAA